AUGGCGGGGUCGAGGUUCGGGUCGUUCAAGUCGGACAAGGGGGACUCGGCCGCGGCGGCCGCGGCGCCGCCCCAGAGGAAGGACCCGUAUGAGGUGCUCGGGGUGGCCCGCACCGCCACCGACCAGGAGAUCAAGAGCGCCUUCCGCCGCAUGGCGCUCAAGUACCAUCCGGAUAAGAAUGCUGAUGACCCUGUCGCAUCAGACAAGUUCCAGGAAGUCACCUUUUCUUACAGCAUUCUCUCGGAUCCCCAUAAAAGGCGGCAGUACGACACGUCAGGAUUCGAGGCCAUCGAAACUGAUAGCCAGGAAUUGGAGCUGGACCUAUCCAGUCUCAAUACCGUAAACACCAUGUUUGCAGCUAUUUUCAGCAAGCUUGGUGUACCAAUUAAGACAACUGUUUCAGCAACCGUUUUGGAGGAAGCAUUAAAUGGGUCUAUUGUGGUUUCCCAGCUCCAGCUAGGAAACUCUGUGCGCAAGAAGGUGGAAAAGCAAACAGCUCAUUUUUAUUCUAUAGACAUCACAGAACAAGAAGCUAAGAAGGGGCUAGUUUGCCGUGUGCAUUCAACUGAAAAAAGCAAAUUUAAGAUCCAAAAUUUAAGUCAUAUAGGACAUGGCACAAUUUUGACGAUGAUGCUAGUAAUUGUUUUGGCUGAUGAAGUUCUAAGGGGACUUGCAUUUUGGAUCGGAUGUAGUAUAUCACUACUCUUGGUCCUGCUGCUUUAUUUUGAGCUCGAAGAAAAUGGUGGGUUGAGCCUUGCACUGCAGGAAGAUAGCGUAAAAUCCAGCAAAGUUUCUUCUGCAGGAAUGUACUUUCUUGGGUUCCCCGUGUAUCGUUUUGAGCAAAAUAACUCAGUGAGUUUACUAAAGUUCUUCUCUUUGGGUUAUCCAAGUGAUUGGAUGAAAUUUUCCACCUUUCUAAGCUACGGUUACUUUCAGGCACCAGCUGCGAAGGAUCCUGAUAGUGCAUUCUUUAAAAGGUUGGAUAGUUUCCAACCAUGUGACAUUAAUGAACUGAAACCAGGAACCCACUUUUUUGCCGUCUAUGGUUCUUUCUUUGCACAUCUAGCAUGGAAGAGCUACAUUCUUAAACAACACAAUUUGCAGGUCUUGGCAAAGUUCACUGAAAUGACUAGCAAAUACACACAAGAAAUGCAAAUGAUUGAUGAGCUUCUUAAUGAAAGGAAUGUAAUCCAUGCAUCCUAUACCAACAAUCCACCUCUAAAACGGACUUCGAGCAGGAAUAAAUCUAAAUCAUCACCUUCUUUCAAAUAUGAUGAAGAAAAAAACCAGAGGAAAGAAAAGAAAGUGAAGGAUCAGCACAUGGAAGCCUGCGGAAGCGAAGAUGACGACUCGAGUGAUAAGAAAACCAAAGAGCGGUUCCCAAGGAAGAGAUGGCUAAACAUUCCUUUCAAAGUUGACAGGAGAAAGCCAUGCUGA